AUGUUACCUGCUUCUGAUUUAUUCGAUUCAUCAUCUCUUCAAACAUUAAUUCAUACUACUCCAAGUGACUUAUUAUCAACAAGUCAACAAUUAAACUUUCUUACAGCUACGUAUCAAAUAAUAGUGUCCACGUUGUACGUUGUUAUUGGGAUUGUCUGUUUUGUAUUAUUGUCUUUAAUCUUGGUGUUCUGGUGUAUCUACGAAAAGCGAUCGUGUACUUCCUCUGGGAAAAAAGAAUCUGUAGUAAAACUUGAUGCAGAAGAAACACCAUCUGUAGAAAAGCUUGACUGUUCUUCAGUACUGAAAAAUUAUUCUUCAUUAUCUACUAAUACAGAAAAGUUAAAUGACUCUACAAAGGCUAAAAGUUCAUUGUCUGGAUUAUUAAAAUUUUGUGGCAUUUCUCUUGACUGUUGUCCAGUAUUCCAUUUCAUUACAAAAAAACCUGAUGAUACCGUCCUGUUUCAAGCAUCCAUUAAUGAAUAUGGUACGAAUUCAACUAAUGAUACUGUUAAUUCACUUAAAGAUGAUUCAACACCUGCGGAAGCUACUGUGAAAAAAUCCACAAUAUCACAUUCUCCAUCUAUUGCUAAUCGUCGACAUCAACCACCUCCACCACGUUUAUUCACUCCAUCCCUGAUGGCUACUAGUCCCCCAGUUGAGACUCAGUUAUAUCAUAUUCAACCGAAGGAUUUCGUAUACAAUCAAACAUGUAAACCAAUUCCUAGUUCAUUAAUGCUACAAAAUGAUGGUCUUGGUGCGUGUACAGUUACUGCAACACAACUAUUACAUGGUCCAUUAUUAUUAAAUACAUCAGCGGAUUUAUUGCAUUCUCAAUGUACACCAUGCGAAUCACAAUCAGCGCCAUGUAGUCAAACUUCAGUGACAACUCAACCCUUAUCUUUAUUGAAUCCACCAUUUUGUCAUACUAUUUAUCCAGCAUCGAAUUCACUAGCUCAGGAAUUAACCCCCCAAUUACCGUCAUCCAGUACUAGUUCUACUUGUAAUGGUGGUACACAAGUUCCGAAAACUUAUCCAGGCGUUGGAUUUAAUGCCGGCCGUCGAGUAAGAUCUAAAGGUCUUUUAGAAAGCCGCAGAGGAUCUCGUACAUCGCUCACUCUUUCAUUAUCUCCAUCAAUUGAUUCACCUACUCCAAGCUGUUCUGUAGGCUCUGCACAAUUCAGUGUAUUCGGUGGAAGUUUAGACGAAGAUGCAUGCACAGCUGAAGUGUUAUCUGAAGAGAAUGAAACUGGAAACAAUGCUGAUUAUUGUAAUAAUAGUGAUGAUGAUAAUAUUGAUAGUAAUAAUAAUAAUAAUGGCGAUGCUAUUAAGCAAUUCCCCUCCCGGUGUGGUUAUUUACAAUCAUUAGAUUCUUAUUCCCCUUCUGCAAUAUCAACAUCAAAACAAGCCGAAUCCAUGACAGUUUCACCGUUAACAAAUACAUCAUCAAAUGUAUGUAAUAUUGGAACAAUUUCUCAAGUCAAUAAUAGCGAUGAUGCUAAUAAUAAUAAUAAUUUAACGAAUAAUAAUGAUACAACAACUAUAACACAAAUUGGAUUUAAUAAAAAAGGCAGAUAUUUAAUGAAUAAUCGAUGCAAUUACAUGUGUUAUCAUCAUCAUCACCAUCAUCAUCAUCGACACCAUUUUCAUCAUUUCGCUAUACAUCAUUGUAAAUUAGAUUCUGGUUUCCCAUGUUCCCUAGGCAAUUUAACAUGUCAGCGUAAUCGUGAUUUAGAACAGCUGAUCAAUGCCAGUCUACCGUUAACUUAUGACCAGUUGAAAACUAAGCUAAGGGAUAAUUCAACAGUAUUGUUUCAAGAAUUUUGGGCUAUACCUAUGAAUUAUGCAGAUAAAAAAGAAUUGCCUAUUCCUGGAAUCUGUCAUAAAAAUCGUUAUCAGUCUAUUUUACCAAACUUCGCAACGCGUGUUGUACUGCCUGUGAUCAAUAAUGAUUUAACCUCUAGUUACAUCAACGCAAAUUAUAUCCGAGGUUAUAAAGGUCGUCCAAAUGCAUUUAUUGCUACUCAAGGAGUUAUGCCUCAUACAAUAAAUGAUUUUUGGCGUAUGAUAUGGUAUUCACAUACACCAGCAAUUGUUAUGAUUACAAAAUUAGUUGAAAAUAAAGAAGUUAAAUGUGAGCUGUAUUUACCUGAUUCCUCUGGUGAGGAUGUUUUAUCCUUCGCGGAAGAUCAAUCGUGUACAGGUUCAGUAUUUAGUGAAAGCAACUUCAAGAGCAAUUUUUAUACAAAUGAUACUGUUGUUAACCGUUCAGCUACAACAACAACAACAACUACUACUACUACUAAUACAAUAAAUAGUGAUAUAAGUAGUAUAAUUAACAGUAGCCCUCCAUCUUCUGUACCAGCUGUUACAACAAACCCGAUAAUUGUACCAAAUAUUAAAAAUUUUUCAAGUAGUCCCCUAUUACCGUCUUUAUCAUCACCGCCUAUCAAUUCACAAUCUUCAACUUCAUCCUAUCGAUGUGUAUCAUUAACUAGUGAUGGUAUUAAUACGCCUGCAUCUGUUAGCAGUACAAUUCCAACUCCUGUAUCAGCUACACUUAUUGAUAAUGAAAUUAAUUUAUCAAAACGUUUACAUGAUAGUGGGAUAGCAAGUGUUGAAGAACAAUCUUCAAUUAUUACAGAGAAUAGUAGUAGUAGUAAUACUAUGCUUAGUAAUAACAAAAAUGCUAACAACAAUAAUACUACUUUAGAAGACAAUCAUAAUGAUCCAAAACUAUCAACUUCUGAUCCAUGUUUAGAUUUUUAUCAGUCUAUAGCAUUACCUGGUGCUUGUAAAACAUUCGGAAAUAUUCAUGUACGUAUUUUAUCCUUGGAAAAACAUAAUGGAUAUUUAGUACGUCGUCUUCAGUUGAAGUGUGGUACAGAAGAACGAGAAAUAUUCCACUUUUGGUAUGUUUCUUGGCCUGAUCAUUCAUCUCCUGAAACUGCAACUUCUGCGCGCAGCUUAAUCCAACUUGUAGAAACAGUUGAAAGUUGUCGAAGAAAGUCUAGUCCAUCAUCAGAGUCCAGUGGUGUCAAAGUCAAUCGAGAAAAUCCUGAUGACCCUAUCUUAAACUGUCAGAAAAAAUUACCCACAUCCAAAUGUUUUCAUAGUUCAUCCUAUCGACCGAAUCUGAUGCCUAGCCUACAGAAAGUUGAAUUAGAACAGUUGAAUGAUGAAGAUACUACGCCUAUUGUUGUGCAUUGUAGUGCUGGUCUUGGACGUACUGGUUGUUUUAUUGCUUUAUGUAUUGGUUGUGAACAACUCAAAAAGGAGGGGCAAGUUGAUGUCUUAAAAAUAGUUAGUCGAAUGAGAUUAGAUCGUGGUGGAAUGGUACAAAGUAAUGAACAAUAUGAAUUUAUUCAUUAUGCUUUAACAACUUAUCCAUUGGAAGAGAAACCGUCAAACGCAGAAUCGUCUACUGUUGAUUCCCCACCCACAGAAUAUCCUAUUUCAAGACAAAAUGUCUAG